AUGCUCAGAAGAAUUCCCGGCCCUGCGGCACGAUCUGCCAGACAGCAACUCCAACCCCCAUCUCGCUUCAUCAAACAUCGCUUUCAAUCCACCGCAUCCAAUGCAGCAUCGACUGGUGGUAAUCCUGCUUUGGUUGGCGGCCUUGCUGGUGGAGCUGUCGCCUUUGUUACGGGAUACACCUGGUACUACUUCUCCGGAGCCAAGACUCUCGUGGAUACCAGCAAGCAAACACAAGCAUACAUUGAGCAGGCCAAGCAAAAAGUUGCUCAGAAGACCCCUGAGCCAAAUGAGGCAUUCCGUUGGCUGCGGGAUACAGUAAAAAGCUAUGCUGUCUUCAUUCCUGGUGCGCGUAGCUACGUCGACACCGCAUUUGACGACCUUGACAAGAUCAGAAAGGAUCACGGACAGGAAUUUGAUGAGGUGGUCAAAAAUGCAUAUGACGAGUUGAAUUCCCUCCUCACAAAAGAGGGAUUGAACACAGACUCGGCGGCCAAGGCUUUGGGCGUGCUACAGAAACAUGCAAAGCAGUUAUUCGAUCUUGCUGGCGACGCCGCGGAGAAUGUUCUCGACAAUCAUCCUGAAAUCAAAGAGAAGGUCGGCGGUGGGUUUGAAGAUCUCAAGAAGAUGGGUGACGCUUAUGGGCCAAAAGCGAAGGAAGAAGUGAAUCGAACCUGGCAACAAAUUUCCAGCAUUGUCCAGCGCGGCGCAAGUGUCGAUUCCGCCGAAGAGAUCAAGAAUCUGAUUCAGGAGAAGAAGACAAAGCUUGAGAAACUAGGAGAUGAGGCAUGGCAGAAAGGUCUCGAGGAGUCCCAGCAAUACCUCGAAAAAAGCCCCAAACUCAAAAAGUUGGUUGAAGAGAAUGCAGAUACCUUGAAAAAGGGCAGUUCCAAAGAUCUAUGGGGACUUGUCAAAGAGAGCGCUUCUUCUGGGAAGGUAGAGGAUGUGGAGAAGUACAUUAAGGAGCAGGUUACUCGAGCGAAACGCAGCUCGGACAACUCGGUGGAUCUGGAUAAGUGGCUAAAGAAAAUUCCUGGAGGUUCAGACAUCAUUCCUCAGUUGCACUCACUACAAACUAUAGCGCAAAAGAGGGGGAGUGAUGCGGAGAACGUUCUCAAAGAGACUUUCCAGGAAAUUCAGAAUGUGUUGAAGAAGCGAAAGGAACAGGUGGAGAAGAUCGCUGAGGAAGCCAAAGAAGAAAACAAUUAG